AUGGGGGAGUAUGACACAGGUGGUAUCGUGAAUGACCUGCGAGAACACAAGAUGAUGACCAAGAUAAUGAUCAAGAUGAUGACCAAGAUGAUGACCAAGACGAUGACCAAGACGAUACCCAAGAUGAUUGCGCAAGUACUUUCAUUAGUUGGGUUAGUCUAG